AUGGGUCACGGAAUUUUGAAAGAACGAUUGUUAAACGAGUUGACGCCUGGAGAAGUAAAAGUUCACUUCCAAUGCGGCUUUGAUGGUAUCAAGCUACAUAUGAAAGGAAGGAAAGAAGCAAUUGUAGAAACUCCGAAAACACGGAAACCAGUGAAAGAAAUUGAGAAAAAGGUGUACUUCCGCCGAAGGCCUCUCAGUAAAGUUGUACUAUCUCCGACGGAUGUUCUUCAAGAACAGCAGCAAGAUGAUGAAAUUAUAUUCGAUUCAUCGGAGUUUGACGACCGAGAAGAAGGAGAAAGCAGUCAGUUUCAACUCGAGUCGAUCGACAAUUGCCCAUCAGAUUCCAGAAAUGGCGCAAAAAAAUUCCGAGGAAUCGACCCCGUACGUGUCGGAUACGACAGUUACCACAUGCCACAAGAGCAAAUGUCAUCGUUCAGAAAAUCUCUUGGGGACUCUACAUUGCCUCGUCUCUCUUUCGAUUUCAGCACUAUCGAUCAAAUGAUUUCAGAAGGAUCAUCAGUUGAUCCACAAUCGGUUCUUUUUGCGAUAAGAGGGAUGAUGACAAUUGCUGAAGUACAGAAUGAAAAGCUCAUCCCAAAAAAACCGAUGGACCACACGAAACAAGUCACUGCCACUUUGGAUCCCCGAUCUUUUCUAGAUCAUCAAGUAAUCGAAGUGGAAACUCUCGACGGAAAAGAAUUGAUCAACGUAAACGAGACGCUCUCCUUUGUUUCUCCACAGUCCGGUACACUUAAAUCUGUUCUUCAGUCAGUAGCUAAUCUCUGGGUCAAUGCGAUCAUUCCAAAAAGCGAGAGACAAAGAUACUCUACAUCAGAUAAGCCAAAAGGAAAUACUAUCUCUCUCCCUACUCGAUUUUUGAACGCACCCAUCCAACUGAUAUUCGAUUCGGUUCAGCUGAAUGUUCCUAAGGAUUCGGCAGUUAAAAUGGAUAUCUCUCUGUUCUUCAAAAUGCACAUCGGAAACUUAUUUCAUCACGCGAGAAAUAUUGCGAAAAAUGGACCGAGAAAGAGGCAUCAUCAGGACUAG